UGACAACCGGUUCAUUUUUCGAACGCUUGCUAGGCAUCGGUUGCGUCGUCUAAGCCAAGUUAGGUAAAAAAAGGUUUGCUGCAAAGGUAUACGUUUCAUCGAGUAAGAAAUGGUGAAGAUUGGACUGCAACUUAGCGCCAAUUUAGAAAAUGUUGCAAGCUUCAAGCCAUGCCCAGACUGCGUAUGGCACCUGCGGCUGAAAUGCAUGAAUUGUGGCGAACAAACCAGCGCUUGGCAAACUGUCGAGGCUUCCAACCGGUCGCCAAUGAAAGGCAGUCGAGGGGAGGCCAAUCUAGUUCUCAAGUGCAAGUUGUGCAGUCGUGAGAACAGCAUGGAUGUCCUCAACGACAAGAUACAAGCUUACAACGCUGACAACUCCUCCGAGUUUGUCACCGUCGUAAUCUUCGAGUGCCGCGGCGUGGAGCCGGUCGCCUUCGACGCCAGGGAUGGUUUCACCGCUACAGCUGCUGAAAGUGGAACCAUUUUUGACGACGUGAAGUUCGAGAACAAGGAGUGGGCCGAGUACGACGAAGAAGGAAAACAAGCGGUUGGGAUCUACGAUCUGGAGCAUCAGUUCAUCAAGGUGAAGUAGGCCGCGCAUCUGGUCCUAGGGAACGCUUGUCUAGUCCGGCAUGGAGCAAGGGACGCCGGCAAUGGGCCCGAGAGACGCUUGACAAAGUUCGAGCCUGAAACUGCGUGUGUGCCUUUGUGCGGUUUCCUUUUUUUCCCUUUAUCGCCUUGCUGAUACUCUGUCAGCCGAGAAGUUGCAAUUGAUGGAUGACUUUUUUUUUUUCUCUCUUUUUUCUACACGCACAAGUUGUGCCUAGUAAAAUCACUUGUUACUGCC